CCGGCCCCCCCCGGAAGCGCCGGCUGAGAGUGCCCGCAUGGAGUCAGAGCCGCGCGCCUCAGAGGCCGUCCCUACCGCGGCCGCGCUCUUCGCCUGGGGUGCAAAUAGCUAUGGGCAACUUGGCCUUGGCCACAAGGAAGAUGUGCUUUCUGCCCAGCGACUGGAUGAAUUCUGUAAACCCGGUUGUAUCAAGAGGAUCACAGGAGGAGGGGGCCACUCUGCUGUUGUCACUGGUGAAGGAAGUCUUUUUGUGUGUGGUCUGAACAAAGAUGGGCAGCUGGGGCUGGGUCACACAGAGGAGGUCCUGUGUUUUACCCCGUGCCGAUCGCUCCUUGGCUGUGCCAUCCAGCAGGUGGCCUGUGGCUGGGACUUUACUAUUAUACUUACAGAAAAUGGUCAAGUCCUAUCAUGUGGAUCCAACUCCUUUGGCCAACUGGGAGUUCCUCAUGGGCCUCGAAGAUGUGUGAUCCCCCAGGCCAUCGAGCUCCUGAGAGAGAAGGUUGUUAGUAUUGCUGCUGGACUGAGGCAUGCUUUAGCUUCAACAGCUAGUGGCACUGUGUUUCAGUGGGGAACUGGUUUGGCAUCAUCUGGACGGCGACUGUGUCCUGGGCAGACUCUCCCACUGUUUCUGACAGCAAAGGAACCCAGCACAGUGACAGGCCUAGAGAAUUCUCAAGCAGUAUGUGUUCUUGCUGGCUCUGAUCACUCAGCUUCACUGACAGAUGCAGGAGAGCUGUAUGUUUGGGGAAGCAACAAACAUGGGCAACUGGCUUCCCAGACUGCUUUCCUCCUUCUGCCCCAGAGAAUAGAAGCACAUUAUUUCCAGAAUGAAAAGAUCACUGCUGUCUGGAGUGGGUGGACACACCUGGUUGCUCAGACAGUAACUGGCAAGGUGUUUACCUGGGGCCGAGCGGACUACGGUCAGCUGGGGAGGACAGUGGAGACUCGUGAAGGCUGGCAGUCAGAGAAGCAGGAUCCAUCCCUCCCUGGCUCCGGGCCACAGAAGGGCACACCUUCGUGUCUGCCUUGCUUAACGGGAGCGACUGAGAUCUCCUGUGGCUCAGAGCAUAAUCUGGCGGUGAUUGGUGGUGUAUGUCAUUCCUGGGGCUGGAAUGAGCAUGGCAUGUGCGGGGACGGCACUGAAGCUGACGUCUGGGCCCCGAAGCCCGUGCCGGGCCUGUGUUCCUCCUUGGGACUCCGUGUGGGCUGCGGGGCCGGCCACUCCCUGGCCCUUUGCCAGCUGCCAGCCCUCCCUGCCCUGGGCCAGCCCCCCAGCAUCACCAGUCCUUCCCCAGAUGCCGCCAAGGAAGCCAGAGGUCAAGAAGCUGUGGAGCAAGAGAGAAACCAGAAUGAAAGACAUGCAGAAACUUCUCCCCAAACCCAACCUGACAGGUUCAGAAAUGGGCUUGUGGCAGAGACCCUUGAAUAAAGUAACCUUACCCACCUAA